UCUGCCUCCAGGACCCGCGGCUCACGUGAAGGGGCAGAGAUGGUUUUGUUGACUGAUGUGGGUGUGAGAUUCGGCUUCUUUCUGAUCCUGAUCCUGAUCCUGAUCCUGAGCCUUGCCUCUGCGGACCGCGAUGCUCGUGGGGAGGCUCGGGCAGCGAAGAGAUGCUACUGCGACCUUCAAAUGUCUGAUGGGCCAUUCCCCCACCAGCAACUCGAUGAAUUAUAUUUAAUCUCUCAGAAUUGCAGCCUCGAACUGAACAAACAACAGUUCAAUGAACCUCUUGAAAUUAUUGCCUACGUAGAUCAGAAAUUGAGGAACCUUGUGCAACGCAUUAAUGAAUUUGAAGAAGAAUAUGAUGGUGAACUAUACAGUAUCAUUUCAUAUCGGAUAAUAGAGAUCGAAAUUGCUGAACUGAAUGAAUUGCUCAACCAACUUCAAGAAAAGUGUUCUCGGAACAAUGAUGAGAGAACUGACCUGGAUACACAGGCACAAAACAUUACCAACAAAGUAGAUGAAUUAGAGAAAUAUGACCGACUUAAAGUAACUCAAGAGCACAAAAGAAAUAUUAUCCUGAAAAGGAGUCUGACCUCGUGCCAGAAUGCACUGUUAGUAACACCAACCCCUUAUGUCAGUCCACAGCCAGGGUCCUGUUCCUUUGGAAGAUUAAAAGCAGUCUCCAAUCCCAGGAAUUCAAUGCUUAAUCAUUUUGGAACAUCGUACUCCUAUGGCUCCUGGGGGAAAGAUCCACUACCAGCUCCUGGGAAAGAGGAUCAAUACUGGCUUCUAGCUCUAACUAGUAGUAAUAGAUUUGGAACUAAGAUUCGUGUUUACAGCUCUUAUUCUAAAUUCCUCACCAAAGGUACUCAUAAGGACAUAAACUUUCAAACCCAUAAUCCUCAAGGCCCUGGUGGGGUAAUGUAUGGAGAUGCCUACUAUUACAAUUGCUAUAACUUGGACAAACUGUGCAAGUUUAAUAUGACCACACUAGAGGUCAUAUCUGCCACCCUGCCGUUUGCUGGUUUUAAUGACAAGUUUCCAUACUGUACGCUUGCUUCCUGUUAUUUAUACACAGACAUGGAUCUGGCAACAGAUGAAAAUGGGCUCUGGGUCCUCUACUCAACUGCAUUCAGUUUGGGAAAUUUAAUUGUCAGUCGACUCAAUACGACUGACCUUUCACUGCUUGAAAGCUGGAACACCACCUUAUUCAAACGAUCAGCAUCCAAUGCCUUUUUGGUGUGUGGGAUUGUGUAUGCAACUAGAUAUGUAAGUCCUGAAAUAGAAGAAAUCUUUUAUAUGUUUGACACAACUACUGGAGUCGAACAAUAUAAUUUGAAAAUCCAAUUCCGAAAAAUCUUGCCUGGCAUUCAGUACAUGAACUACAACCCACGGGAUAAGAAGUUGUAUGUGUACAGUGAUGCAUAUGUUAUUAGUUACAGUUUAACAUUUGAAUAAUGUGUGACCAGAAAUCCUAAGAAUCAAGCAACACAAGGGAACCUAUUCAGGUCCAGCUAAUAAUAGAAAGUCAUAUGCACAAAGCUAUAUUUAGAGACAAUACUUAACAGUAUUGCUUGAAAUUAAAUGAAAUGCUGGAAACGCUCAGUAGGUCAAGCAGCAUCUAUGGAAGUAGAAACAGUUAACAUUUCGGUUUGACAGCCCUUUAACAUCUGAAUGGUCUUUGCAGUAAUUCACAAUUGCCUAGUCAUUUUUAAGAUUGCAGCAAUUUAUAUGGAUAUGUAAUGUUUGAAACAUCUCAGUUAGGACUGGACUAGGCGUAGUUUGAAAUAAUUCAAUACAAAUAUUGAUUCAAUAUUGUUCCUUUGAAUGUAGUAUGCAAUGUAACCACAACAUGGAACAGGUAACUCAGGUGAAUCUGAUAGUAGAACAAAAUGAGAUUGAUGUAACUACUGGUACUUUGGUCUAUGUACGUUAACAUGUAACAUUUCGCAGCAUUGAAACUUCACUUUCAAAUGAGUGCUUUUGAAGAUUAAUAACAGUUACUGUACAUGAAUAAUCAUAACUUGUUGAUUUCAAUUUAUUAAAAACAUUAU